AUGCAUUCUGUUUCUGGUUUUCAUACAGCAAAUAACAAAGAAAUUAAAAUAUCGUAUUCAUCUCUCGUACAUGUCGCUAAAAUAUUUGAACAAAAACCAUUGGAGAAUGAAAUAGAUGAUGAAUUAUUAACUAAAAUAGUUGAAGACUAUGAAGAUAAUAUAAACAAAGCACUAAAACAAAAAAACACAAUAACAACUGUAACUGAACUGGACGAUGAUGAAUUAAAUAGAGCUUACGACCAAUUUACUAAAGAAUCAACAACUAAAGCAACAGCAAAUGUACAAAACAAUAUUAAUAUGCUAGUUAAUGGAGAAGAAAAAUGUGUAAAACGAAAACGAAAUGAUGUCUCAUUGUCACCUGCUAUUAGAUAUUCAAAAAAAUAA